UUCAUCCCAUGGCCGUCUCUAGGUGAUUUAGCGCCGCCAGUCUCAAGCAGGUGUCCAACAUGGCGAUCACGGGGAGCGGAUCUCUCGCUAUUUCUCUCUCUGUUUUCGUGAUUUCAGCCGCGUUUCUUCACAAAGGAGCUGCUGAAACCGUGACAGUCGAAGGUCAGAACCUGGCAACUGACAAUGUGUCGGUGAUUGAGGGGGAAACGGCCACCAUCAGCUGCAGAGUGAAGAACAACGACGACUCCGUCAUCCAGCUGCUCAACCCCAACAGACAGACCAUCUACUUCAAAGAUGUUAGACCUCUGAAGGACAGCCGGUUCCAGCUGGUGAAUUUCUCUGACAACGAACUGCGGGUGUCUCUGUCCAAUGUGUCACUCUCCGAUGAGGGACGCUAUGUGUGCCAGCUCUACACAGAUCCUCCUCAGGAAGCCUACGCAGACAUCACUGUCCUGGUCCCACCAGGCAGCCCAAUCAUUGAGAGCCGCGAGGAUGUGGUCAGCGAGGGGAAUGAGACGGAGCUCACCUGCACAGCCAUAGGCAGCAAGCCAGCUGCCUCCGUCAGAUGGAUGAAAGGAGAGGAAGAACUGACAGGUGAGACAACAGUUGAGGAGACGUAUGACAGGAUGUUUACUGUCACCAGCCGGGUAAAAUUUUCUGUCACCAAAGAGGAUGAUGGAGUGCCAGUGGACUGCAUCAUUGACCACCCAGCUGUAAAGGACCUUCUGGCUCAAAGACACUUGGAAGUGCUAUAUAAACCAGAAGUGAAGAUUGUGGUGACAUAUCCUGAAGGUUUAACCAGAGAGGGUGACAAUCUAGAUUUGACGUGCAUUGCAGAAGGAAAACCUCAUCCCCAUCAGAUCAACUGGCUGAGAGUAGACGAGGAUGUGCCGCCUCACGCUGUGGUCACUGGCUCUGAUCUCUACAUUGAGAACCUCAACAAGUCCUACAACGGCACCUACCGCUGCGUGGCGUCCAAUGCUGUGGGAGAGGCCUACGAUGACUACAUCCUUUAUGUAUAUGAUGCUCCCACUACUAUCCCCACACCCACCACCAACCCAGUCAACACGCAAGAGGCGGCCGAGACCCUACAUGUUUCCUCGCGGAUGUGUCAAACGGAAGACAGCAGGGAGCAAGACUCCAGAGCCGGCGAGGGGGCACCGCAAAAAAUUGACCAUGCUGUCAUAGGAGGAGUGGUUGCCGUGGUGAUGUUUGCCAUCCUCUGUGCACUCAUUGUUCUUGGUCGAUACUUCGCCAGACACAAAGGAACUUACUUCACACAUGAAGCCAAAGGUGCGGAUGAUGCAGCCGACGCAGACACGGCCAUCAUCAAUGCGGAGGGGGGACACAACAACACAGACGAGAAGAAGGAGUACUAUAUCUAAACUGGACAGGCCAGGAGAGACGGGUGGGAAUGCUGGUGGUGGAGGUGGUGGUGAUGAUGGUGAUGGUGAUGGUGGUGCUGUAGGAGCAUUAUGUCUAACUCUGAUUGGUUACGAGACAGCUUGAGGUCAGGGAGGGCGAGAUUUAAAGAGGAAGAGAAGAAAGAAAAAAAGUGGAAAGUAGGACUACCGUGGCCAAGUGGUAAGAAGAGGCGUUGUUGAGUCUCCUAUCCGACCCCUCCUGGACUGCUGGGGCCUAUUCUGUACAGUUCAAUUAUUUUACAGACAAUUUUGUGCCUUGUUCUAUUUCUUUUGUUUAUUUUGUUGUUUAUUUUCCCCGUCACAUGCUUGUUGGAUUGGAUUUUUUUUCUCCAUGUACUCCACCUGAUCCUUUGUUGUAUUUGGCUUUUCAGAGGAGAUUAAAUGGGCCUGGUGUUUGUCUAUGUGUGCUGCAGCUAGCUUUUAGCUCAUGUACCCAGAUCUGAGGAACCACCUCAUCCUCUUGUUUCUUUUCUUCUUUUUUGAAUAAUCUCCAGAGUUCAGUAACUGGAACACAGUGUCAACACAUUUCUCCUCACUGGGUCAAAGUCCAACAGUCCCUGCAAAUUCAUCACACCCCACCCCUCUCCUCCUCUCACCUCCUCUCACCUCUCAUACACGCGGGUCUGAUUGGUUUCAACUUAUUUCAGCCCAGAUUUCACUCACCGUCAAGGUCGCUGUGGUGAUUACUAAUGUAACAGUUGUGAGUAAUCACGCUCAUCAUAGAAUGUAUUUGUUCCUGAAAGUGAAGUAGGAGUUCUGUUCAUUUUCAUCUCACACCAAACCGCCAAGUACAACUGGUCCCUCGUUGGCUUCCAGAAAACAUCUGACAGUUAGUUGUGAGGUCAGUUUAGUAUUUGUUUAGGGUAUUGUGGAGUACAGUAAGACAUCCUGACAGCUGUGGUGUGCCAUGAUAUGGAGUGAAAAUUCUCAACCGUUUAUUCACUUUAAAGCUCUGUAUUAGGA